ACCUGUAGUGGCACCCGUUUAUACCUUAUGGCUCGAUGUGACACCUCUUUUUAAGGUACUACUACGUGGAUAUCAUCCCCCUCUUGAUAUUACAGGUAUUUCGGGGGUAAACGUCAAGGACGUAGUUUGUGUUUGAAUUUCGGGUUUGUGGGGGAAAGUGCCGUUUUUCUAGGAUUAUCUGCUUGCCUCCGAGAAUUAGAACAGUAAAAUAAAAAAUGAAUUUUACUCCGUUUGGCGUGCCUUUAACGGCUGCGCUGCCUGUGGCUACUCAAUUUACCGCCGGAAAGAUAACUCAAAACGUCACUACUCCUAACGGACAAGUAGUCGGUGUCUUGCAGGGUGGUGAAAACGGUGUACACUACAUACGUCCAUUAGAUACCAAUGCCUUUGCUACUGCAGCCUCUCAACAAAAUCAGGGAACACAAAUCAUAACGCUGCCUAUAACAAUGCCAGGUGCUAAACCUGGAGACCCCCAACAAACUGUGCAGAUACAAGUAGUGAAUCCUCAACCGACGCCCGUAUCCCAAGCAAGUCCUGCCAGUUCACCUAAGUAUCAGAUUUCUCAAAUACCAAUGUUCAGCCAAGGUGCUACUGUACUCACUGUUGCCUACAAUUCCAACCAGGAAGGAAUCCAGAUUUUGGAUGGCCAGAACGGUGUACCAGAAGGAAUGACGGUAGUAGCAGCGCUCCAACCUCAGGACAUACAAUUAAUUCAAACUCAUGCAACCGAGUUGGAGAAAAACGAUAAGGAGCUACAACCUCCAGUUGCGUUGAUCAAAAGCGAGCUUAAAGAUACCGACGAAACGGCAGCUUCUAUUUCAGUUCCCACCCAAUAUUUACAAACGACCAAUCUGCACGAGUACAUUCAAAAAAUGCAAAAUACAACGUUACCUCUCAGUCUACAACAGUUCUUAAAGUUCAACACUACAGAUAUUAAGAGGGAAAUAAUCUCGGAAGAUGGAUUGAUUGAAGCAGUUAGCAUCGCUGCUCCUGACGGUAAUGGCCAUCUGAUCAUGCAAGAUGUAGGAGAGAUGGAGACUGAGGAGAAUCCAGAUGAUUCCAACGAUAAAGGGAAAAAGAAAAAAAAAUAUAAAAAGAAACCACCGAAGCCAAAAAAGCCUAAACCAGGUCAAGUACACAUUGCUACAGCUCUCGAUGGCACCACUCUCUUCUGUUGUCCGGAAUGUCACAUGGCGUAUCCACAAAAAGAGCUCCUUGAACAACACUUGGUGGGUCAUAAAAUCGAGCGACGUUUCAUCUGUGACAUUUGUGGAGCUGGUUUGAAACGCAAGGAACACUUGGAACGUCACAAGUUGGGUCACAAUCCCGAACGACCUUUCGUAUGUUCAGUCUGUAUGAAGGGGUUCAAGAGGAAAGAACAUCUCAACUUGCAUUUUGUAAUUCAUUCGGGAGAGAAGACGGAAAUAUGUGGAGAAUGUGGCAAAGGAUUCUACAGAAAGGAUCACUUGAGGAAACAUGCUAGGUCUCACAUCACUAGAAGAAUAAAAGAACAAGCAGAACAAGCAGAGAGAACGCAGGGGUUACUCAAAGAUCCAAUUACGUCAAGUACAAGUACUGCCCAAGUUACCAUUAGUGUUGGUGGAGUUCCAAAUUCCCAAAUUCAGAUACCCGUUCACAUUCAAGUACCGCAACACCUUCAAGUAUCCACUUCGAAUGAUGAAGAUAAUGAGAAUGUUGUCAGUACUGUCGUGUUACCAUCAGCAGCUGAUGGACUCUCGAUAUUACCUAAUUAAAGUAGAAAGUAAAACCAUAAAUACUCUUAAUGAUAAAAAAGUAAAUUUUCAAACGAUUUUUAAAUUAUAUAGAAAUCCUCAUAUUCCAAUAGGAUUGCAAGAAAUCAACUUGCAGAACUCCUAAAUUACAAAUUGAUGUCUGUGAAAAUUAUUUAAAUAAUUUUUGUUCAUUUGAGAAAUUGAAAUUACAAAAUUUUUCACAAAGAUAUUAACUGUAAGAAAAGUACAAAACGGUGUAGUCAUAUCUCCGCGAUUCAUAUCAAUCCUAGUUACGCCAAGUUUUACAGAAACGAAAAUCAAAAGAUACUUUUUCCACUAUCUUUAGAAGAUAAAUAAAAUUUCAGUAUACAAAUACAGCAUGCAAAAAAAUAACUGGGAAUUAAUAUCAAGGUUACAAAGGGAAAGGAUGUAAGGCACUUGUGAGUGUAGGGUCUUUCGGUCAAGUAGGUGGAGAAAAAAGACAAAGAAUUCGGCUACUUUAUCUGUUUAUAUUGAAGACGUUUCGUUUACUGCUCAGUAAACAACAUCAGUUCAUCUACAAAUGAGAAAGUAUACAUAUAGUAUGUAUAAGAAACACUAGUAGUACCUUGAAAAAGACAUGUAGCAAGAUAAGAUGUACCACUAAAAAAUAUCUUAUCCAAUGAACCAUUAAAGUAAUGUAAAAGUAUAUAAAAUAUUUAGAUGUAUAAUUAACAAUUAAAAAACUUUAGUACAGCUAAAUGCAAGACCACGAGGUAACAGUUACAUAUAAAAAGCAAGUGAAAAGAAACUAGCUUGUUUUUAAUCUCAGAAAAAACCAAGAGUAAACAAGAUUCACACUUCCCAAAAUUAAUAUUUAAGCAUAUUUAAUUUUAACUUUAGGUAACAUCAUUAAAGAAUUCGACUACUAGUAUGCAAAUUUGAAGAUUUAAAGUUAAACAGUUACCAACAGGUCAACAUGUGCCCAGCGAACACAAAAGACAAAAUGAAUGGAGUUUGAUUUAUCAGUUUAAGGGUUGUUUAAUUGUACUAUAAAGCUGACGUAUAGUUUUGAUGUUUUUGAAAUCUUUGAAAAUCAUAGUGAGUUCAAUGGUUAGUUAAGGAAUGUACGGAAGGGCAUAAAAAUACAAACUUGUCUGCACCGAGUUAUUUUGUGCUGAAGGCAUUGUUUGUGAUAUGGUGUUGGUGGUGAGUUUGUUAUUUCUAUUGACAACAGGAACAUUAAAAAUUAAUUUAUUAACACGUUGACGGACAGUGCGUCAAAUGUAUAAGCAAGUGUUGUGACACUAUAAUAUGUAUUUUGCAAAGUAGAAUGGGAGAAAUGCAACGUCUAUAGACGUUGUGCCACAUUACAUCAAUGAAAAUUCGACGUCUAUAGACGUUAUGUCCGUCAACGUGUUAAUCAGUCUUAGAGGAUAUUAAUUUUCAACAAAAAUGUUGCGUUAUGCCGAGGUUGUUUAACAAAUUAAACCGACUUCAGUAUGCUAGGUACGACAUUUUUAUGAAAUAAAUUUAUUUAAAUUUAUUAAGAUGUCGUACCACAAGCUUAACUCGAUCUAUUUUAACUUCAGGAAUCUAAGCUUAAGCUGUGGCCCAUUUGUUACCAAAUACCCUGUAUAUACAUGAUGUUGAGUAAGCGAGUACAAAUAAUAUAAAUAUAAAUAAGAACGUAAUAUAUAAUAUAUUCCUUGUCAAAAAUGGGCAAUAAGCACUUCUUAAAACCUACUAAAUUUCAUUAUGUUAGCUCAAUCGGUCUUAGAGCAAUAGAUAAAUUGGCAGUUUGAAAAAAAAAUUCAACACUCCGUAUCUGGGAAACGCAGUAGUUGCGUACAUAUGUUUAUAGAGCAAAUUGUCAUUAGUUUUCGUGUAGAAUUGCCCCUUAAAGUUUGUCAUACUUAUUUAGAAACGCCCUUUAUAUAUGUAUAAUAUUGCCCUUAAACCUUUAUGAAUGUCUAUUAAUAUUUUUAAAGGCUCCCUUUAUCACCGUCAUAUUAAUUCUCAGUUAAUUUUUGUAUGCUGUAUUUGUAUUGUAAUUGCUUUAUGUAUACAGCGUGUCUACUUAAGUUGGCAACAUAUAUGGGAAACUUUUUUUGUUAUUAAUUUUAUGAAAAAAAGUUAUUCUUAAUAAAAAGUUCUGUGUGAUCGAAAACCGUAAGAUGCAACCAUCAGAUAUCAAAUUUUAUCAAUCUUAUACGAGGUACGUAAAAAAAUAUGAGUUCCGCUCAAGAGUAAAGUGCCUUUGCUUCACAAUAUCGAAAAUUAUUAUGAAAAGUUGUUUAAAAUUAAAAACUUUUAAUAUGCAGUGAUUUUAAGACCGGUUCCUAUUACCAGGCAUAUACAGAUAUGUACUAGCUCAAAUCAAAAUCAAGGAAAACCAAGACGUUUCUGUAUAUUUUCUCACCUAAUAAACAGCGGUGCGAAGGUGCCAUAUACACUGACAGCCAUAGACGAAAACAAUUUAUUAAUUAGUAGUUUCUGUUAAUUGCGCUACAUGAUAUGUGCAAAAUAUUGUGUUAAAUUCGAUUUGACGCUACUUUUUACUGUUUGGAGUAUUAAAAAUCGUUUGAAAAAAUAUUUUUGUAGAAUCAAGAGUAUGUGAUUUUAUGGUUGGUGUAUUGUAAUAAAUCAUUAUUUUAUAGAUUUAAA